AUGGCGGACUUCGACCUCGAGGCCUUCAAGAAGAUGACGCCCAAGGAGAAGAUGGCGCUGGCGAAGAAGUACACGCCGGAGCAGAUCGCCAAGUUCCAGGAGCAGCUCGCCGACGAGGAUCUGGACGACAUGGACUACGGCGUGCCCACGGGCAUGGUCGAGGAGGAAGAAGAAGAGUUCGUCUACAACGAGCGCGCCUGGAUCGACGAGCACGGCGUCUACCGCACGCCCGAGGCCUGGAAGGACCCCUGGGUCAUCCCCACGGACCCCACGGACUGGGGCUUCGGGCCGAUAUUCCGCGGCCCGCACUACUCGCCCUACCCCAAGUUCCCCGAGGGCAACUACCCCGAGGACCUCGUCAAGUGGGAGGACUGGAAGGACGCGCCGACGCAGAUCCCGGAGGAGUUGCUGCCGCGGAAGUGCCCCGAGCCGACGGUCGACUGGGAGCGCGACCCCGUGACGGGCAACCCCGUCGUCUGGGAGGAGUACAAGAAGGAGUUCCUGGACCCCCUGCCGGACCCCGAGGUGCUGGACCGGGACCCGACGGAGGAGGAGAUCGAGGACAUGGUGGAGCUCAUCUACCACCGCAUGUACAUGCGCGGCGUGAAGUUUUUCCCCUUGGACGGCACGACGCGCCACGUCAAGAAGAGCAAGCGGAAGACGAAGAAGUCGACCUGGGGCAACGAGCUCAACGGCCAGCUGCCGCUCAUGGGGCCCGACGGGCCCGGCUCGAAGAAGGUCGGCGAGCAGUGGCCGCCGAUCUGGCGAGACGAGGACAUCCCGCUCACGCUCCGGCCGAACGUCACGGAGAAAUUCUGGGCGGGCAACGCGGCCCAGGAGGACACGACGGGGCCCGAGUUCGGCUACAUGGACCCCAAGACCGGCGAGGCCGUCGCGGGCACCGUCGCGGGCAAGUUCGAGGACUACUACGACACGUCCGUCGAGGACGCGGAGCGCGAGGAGAAGCUCGCCGCGGAGCGCGCCAAGGCGGGCUACCUCGAGAACGGCAACGGCGUCGAGGCCGAGGAGGUCGACGACGUCGACGAGGACAAGGACUACAACCUGCUGGCGCCCUUGUUUGUGCGGCCCAUCGACAAGCGCACGGGCGCCGUCCAGCCCUUCGCCGCCUUCGCCUGGGUGCCCGACGACGUGCUGGCCUGGCCCGCGCGGCGAGACGCGCUGGCCGCCCAGGUGCGGCGCGUCGCGGCGACGGCCGACGUGCUGUGCCUGCAGGAGGUCGAGUUCGAGGGCUGCGGCGACGACCGCGCGCCGCCCGCGUGGCUCGUCGACGCGCUCGGCGCCGGCUGGACCGUGACGCCGCCGCCGCCGCGCGACCUCGAGCGCCACGCGCAGCGCAACGAGCGCGUGCUCGGCCGCGCGACGGCCGUCGCGGCGUGCGUCUGCGUGGGCCGCGGCUGGCGCGUCGCGUGGACGGGCGAGGGCAACGCGACGCAGCGCGUGCUCGUCGGCGUCGCCAAGGGCGACGGCGCCGAGGUCGCCGUCGCGUCGGCGCAUCUGGACGCGGGCUCCGAGGAGAAGCGCGUCGGCAUGGUGCUCGGGAUUAUGGACGCGGCGCGGUCGAAGCUCGGCGGCGGGCGGAACCUGCGGCUGGUGAUCGCGGGCGACCUCAACGCGGAGCUCGACGCCGGCUCCGCGCUCGGCGCCAUGGUCGGCGACGAGAGCGCCGACGGCGCGGCGCGCGCCGCCGCGCGGCGGAGCGCGUGCGCCGUCGCGCUGCGUAGGGAGCCGUCGGACGGCGACCUCGGCGCCUGGGCCGAGCUCUUGGACAAGGCGAGGACGCGGACGGCGGCGGCGCUCCGCGGCGGGCUUUUGCAACGCGUCCCCCUCGGGCCGACGCGCGCGGGCCACGACCACGAGGCGCCGGACUUUCCGGCGUCGCCGCGCAUGGCGACGUGGAAGCUGGACCACGUCCUCUGCACGCCCGCGCUCCGGCCGGCCGCGCGCUGGGCGAGCCUCGAGGCCGACGCGCCGUCGCGCGCCGCGGGGCUGCCGAACGCGUCGUGGCCCAGCGACCACUACCCCGUCGCGGCGGCGCUCGCGCUCCCCGGCGCCCGGGGAGACCCCGCGGAGACGGACCUCUCGGAAGCCGCGGGGGCGGCGCUCCGAGAUCUCGCGGUCGCGGAGGCGGCCGCGAUGAAAGCGUUCGAGGCCGACGACGCAGCGGACGCGGACGCGGACGCGGCGGCGGCGGCGGCCGCGCCGCCGUCGUCGGGCAAAAAGAAGCAAAAGCCGCCGCCGGACGUCAUCGAGCGGAAGAAGCGCCGGCGGAAGCGGAAGCAGGACCUCGCGAAGGCCUCGGCCGCGCGGCGCCGCGCCUUCGCGGUCGCGCUGGACCCGGGCGACUACGACGUCGUCGAGGCGAAGCUCCUGAGGUUCGCGCCGUCGCCGGACCCCGUCGAGGCCUGGUGCGCGACGUCCAAGGACGGCGACCUCGCCGCGCUGCUCCCGCCGGGUUUUGCCCCCUCCCCCGGUUGA